AUGGUUCGAUACGCCGCCACCGAGAUCGCGCCCGCGAAGUCGGCCCGCGCCCGCGGUGCCUACCUCCGUGUGUCCUUCAAGAACACCCGCGAGACCGCCCAGGCCAUCAACGGCUGGAAGCUGGAGCGUGCCCUGACCUUCCUCGAGAACGUCAGGACGAAGACUGAGGCUGUCCCCAUGCGCCGCUACGCCGGCUCUACCGGCCGCACCGCCCAGGGCAAGCAGUUCGGUGUCUCCAAGGCCCGCUGGCCCGUCAAGUCUGCCGACUUCCUCCUCGGCCUUCUCCGCAACGCUCAGUCCAACGCCGACGCCAAGGGCCUCGACACCGGCAACCUCGUCGUCAAGCACAUCCAGGUCAACCAGGCCCCCAAGCAGCGCAGGCGCACGUACCGUGCCCACGGCCGCAUCAACCCCUACAUGUCCAACCCCUGCCACAUCGAGCUCAUCCUCACCGAGGGCGAGGAGGUCGUUCAGAAGUCCGAGGCCGUCGUCGGCCGUGAGCACCUCUCCUCCAGGCAGCGUGGUGUCCGCGCCCGCAAGGCCAUCACCUCCGCCUAA